UCAAUCAUUCUGCAUUGGUAAGAAACGUUGCAACCCUAGUCGUACCUUUCUCUCUCACUCUUCCCGACUGCUCUGCCUCUCCGUCCGCCGGCAAACUCCACUCCACACAUCCGCCGCCGCCGCCCCGCCCUAGAAUUUAGCCUCGCUCUUAAUAUAAGAUAUCCAGCGCCGCAUUCUUCUGCUUUGAUUAAAAUAAUUAUUCAUAGAAAUCAUGGGGACGGGAAGAAGGAAUGAGGGUAGUGGUGAUCGAAUAGAUAGUCCGUGCGAUGUAGCCGGCGCUCCGCCAAAAUCGCCGUGGAAAACUUCCGCCGUCGCUACCCCGGCGGUGGAGGCUGAUUCAGAGUCGUGGCCUGCACUCUCUGACGCACAACAAAAGCCUAAGAAUAAUGGACCUCUCGAUCCUAACUCUGCGAAUUCGCCUCCUUUGCUGGCGCAGGACGAGGAUGAUGCUUGUGGUGGUUCGCCGGCUGCUGCUUCACGGGCUACAGUUGAGCAGCAAAAGUUCCAGCCGCGUGGUAACAUCAAAUCUCCUCGUAGGCCGAACAAUACACAUCAAAAUAAAGUUUUACCCAAGCAUGGUCCAAAUGUUAUGCCUCCAUUUCCUGUGCCUUUACCCUAUUAUCCCCAAAUGAUCGCUCCAGUUUCUCAUGCUGUGGUUCCCAUUCCACUGCGAAUAGCUGUCCCUGGAUAUGCUUAUCAGCUUCCCCCUGGAGCGCAACUGGUGAGGCCUGGUAUUGAUCCAGCUCAAUCUUUUGUUCCUCCAGUAAGCGGAGAUUAUCAGCCUUCACCAGGCUCUGAUUCAAGUGCACAUGAUCCAAGUUCUACUGGAAGAAGGUCAAAUACAAAAGAACAAGGUGGCCAGACGAACCCUGCCUGGAACACACAGCGACCAGUUGGUUCUAAUAACUUCCCCAUGGAACAAACUAUGAGGCAAAGACCACUUAUGAGGCCGCCAAUUUUUGGACCAGCUGGCUUUAUUGAGGGGCCAAGCUUCUCAGGUCCACCAGGAGCAAUCUAUUACCAUCCUGCUGCACCUCCAGGCUCUGUAAGAGUGCCUUACCUACCAUACUUAGUUCCAUAUCCUUUAAGUCCUGGAUUUCCCAUGCCACCUUCACCUAAUGCAGCCUUGAGAGCUAAUGUUUUGAAGCAAAUUGAAUAUUAUUUCAGCGAUGAGAAUCUGCAGAAUGAUUAUUAUCUGAUUUCAUUGAUGGAUGACCAAGGAUGGGUUCCAAUAUCAACUAUUGCCGAGUUUAAAAGGGUUAAAAGAAUGAAUGUGGAGGUCUCAUUUAUCCUUGAUACCCUGCAAUCUUCAAACUCUGUUGAAGUGAAGGGUGAGAAGGUGAGAAGACGCAAUGAAUGGGAGAAGUGGAUUCCAACCACCCUGAAAAAAAAUGAAGUUACAGAUGCUGUGGAAAGGGAUGACCAUAAUGAAAAUAAAAGGGAUAAUUAUGAUGGCUUGCCAUUGAAUGAGGAUGCUACAAAACAAUCAAUUGAUAAUGAUAUUGUGCUAAGUAAGAAUAAGGCUCUUUCAAGUGGCGAAGCACAAAAAUUUGCUCCAAGAGAUAGUACUUCAAGCAUCAAGUUGGAUUCUAACAAUGAUAGGCCAAAAUUUGCAUCCAUCUCACAAGAAGAUGAUUCUGCCAAGUCUGUUGCCCCAGUCAGCUGUGAAAAUUGGCAAUCACCCGCACCUUCAAAUCUCAAGAGCAAAAAUUUGGAGGACUCUUCCAAUGAUUAUUCAAGCACAUUUAUGCUUGAUGAGGAGCUGGAACUGGAGUAUAAAGAGGUUAUGACUGAUACAGCUGGAAGGGUGGAUGAUGAAGAUUACGAAAUCACUGGUCAUGAUCAUGCUGUUGAUAGGCUUGUAAUUGUCACUCAGAGUUCCCGAAUAAGUGAAUCAGUUGAUGAAGAAUCACAAGCCAUAUCUUCUGAGCUUGCUUCUGCUAUAAGUGAUGGGCUCUACUUUUAUGAGCAGGAACUAAAAUCCAAGCGGUCUCAUCGCAGGAGACAUAAUAAGCCUAUUAGUGAAAACAGGGAUGAUAACUCUAGAAAUUCUGCCAACAGUCCUACUGUACUGGACAUGAAGCUUCUUGAUCAUUCUGCUGGAAAGAGUAGCUCUGAAGGUCCAGAAAAUUCUAAUUCUCAAAGGAAGCACAACAAAGGCAGCUCAAAGCAGCAGAUGCAUUCCUUCCAGAAACAGCGACUUUUCUACGGGAAUCAUAAAGCUCAUGGAAGUACUCGCAACUCUCACAGGGUUGUCACUGAAAGUCCACCAAGCAAUGCAGUUGGUUUUUUCUUUGGUUCCACACCUCCUGAUAGUCACGGGUUCAGGCCCUCGAAGUUGAGUGUGUCACCUCAGAGCCAUCUUUCAGGAAGUAGCCCACCAGUUGGGUCGAUACCAAAAUCAUUUCCGCCAUUUCAGCAUCCAAGUCAUAAACUUCUAGAGGAAAAUGGUUUCAAACAGCAACUGUACAAAAAGUACCAUAAACGGUGCCUCAGUGAACGAAAGAAAAUGGGCAUUGGUUGCAGCGAGGAGAUGAAUACACUUUACAGGUUUUGGUGUUAUUUUUUAAGGAACAUGUUUGUCCCUUCGAUGUACAAUGAAUUCAAGAAGUUGGCUCAAGAAGACUUUGCAGCUGGUUACAAUUACGGAAUGGAGUGCCUAUUCAGGUUUUAUAGUUACGGCUUGGAGAAGGAAUUUAAAGAGGAUCUCUACAACGACUUCGAACAGCUGACGCUUGAUAUCUACAAAAGAGGCAACCUUUAUGGCCUAGAGAAGUAUUGGGCGUUUCAUCAUUACCGUGAAACCCGAGACCAGAAAGAGCCGCUGAAGAAGCAUCCGGAGCUGGACAGACUGCUGAAAGAAGAAUAUCGGAGUUUGGAUGACUUCAACCGCGCCAAAGCCAAGAAUGCUGCUGCGGGUCGACAAGCAGAGGCUCCUUAAUUAAGGUGUGUUUGUUGUGCCUAUGCAAAAGCAUGAACUGACAGAGAGAGUAUGAAAUCAAGUUUUGGGGAGAGAAAUUCUAACAGGAUGGCAAUAUAUAUAUAUAUAUAUAUAGAGAGAGAGAGAGAGAGAGAGAGAGAGAGAGAGAGAGAGAGAGAAUCUGGAAUUGUGGUGGUCCAUUUGUUUUGUUUUUUUAUCCAGCGCAGAUGGAUUGGGUAUUUUAAGGAUGUUGUAUUUUUGUACAUUAACUAUAACAGCAGGGUGCCUGUGCCUUGGUUGCUUUAUAGCCCCCAGCCUGAAGAUGAUAUAUAUAUAUAUAUAUAUGAUCCAGAUCAA